AGCCCUGAGCAGAUCAGCAUCCCCAAACAGAAACCUGGAAGGUUGGGAUGAGGCCAACACCCUAAAGCCCAGCCUGCUGCUCUGAGGCCUUCUUUCCAUCUGAGCCCCCGCGCAGCCCUGCGUGGAAACUGAAAGCGCAGUCCUGAGCCCGGGAUGGAUCCCAGGCUGGGGCCUGAGGCCGCUGCUCUCCGCCCACAUUGGCCGGCCCUACUGCUGCUGGGGCUCUCAGCACUGAGCUGUCUCUCCUCUCCAGCUGUUCCCCCUCCUUCUCUGGUGCCCCAAGUCAGAAGCAGCAACAAUUUGGGACGGACCUUCCUCGGUCUUGAUAAAUGCAAUGCCUGCAUUGGGACAUCUAUUUGCAAGAAGUUCUUUAAAGAAGAAAUAAGGUUUGACAACUCGCUGGUUUCCAAUCUUGAACUGCCUUCUCACUCCUUGCCUUCUUACCCUGCAAAUUACUCAGAUGAUUCUAAAACCUGGCGCCCUGUGGAGAUCUUUAGCCUAAUCAGCAGAUACCAAAAUGAGGUCUCAGACAGGAGAAUCUGUGCCUCCAUAUCGGCCCCAAAGACCUGCAGCAUUGAGCGUGUCCUGAAGAAAACAGAAAGAUUCCAGAAAUGGCUGCAAGCCAAGCGCCUCACACCAGACCUGGUGCAGGGCCUGCCCAGCCCUCUCCUGCGCUGCCCGUCCCAGCGACUCCUAGACCGCGUGGUCCGGCGCUAUGCUGAGGUGGCCGACGCUGGCAGCAUCUUCAUGGACCACUUCACCGAACGCGACAAGCUGCGUCUGCUCUACACGCUGGCUAUUAACACGCACCCCAUCCUCCUACAGAUCUUCCCUGGAGCGGAGGGCUGGCCACUGCCCAAGUACCUGGGUUCCUGUGGCAGACUCCUCAUCAGUACCAGCACCAGACCACUGCAGGAAUUCUAUGACUCACCCCCAGACCGGGCAGCUGACCUCGCCUACCAGCUCCUUGGUGUCCUGGAGUCCCUGAGGAGCAACGAUUUGAACUAUUUCUUCUACUUCACCCAUGUUGAUGCAAACAUGUUUGGCAUCUUUAACAAUGGGCAUCUGUUCAUCCGGGAUGCCAGCACUCUGGGCGUCAUCGACAAGCAGGAAGGCAGCCAAACAGCCACCAGGACCAGAGAGAACCAAGACAUUUUUAGCUGCCUGGUUUCUGGCUGCCAGACUCAGCUGCCUUCCUGUGACACCAUCUCUGAGAAACAUAGCCUGGUGCUGGUGUGUCAGCAGUUGCUACCUCUACUUCUCCAGGGGAAGUUCCCCUCCCCGGUGCAAGAGGAGAUAGACUUAGCACUCACUCACUGUGGUGAGAGCUCCCGUCCGGACCCAGAGGUCCUCCAGGCUGCCAGCCAACUGAAGGACAUUUUGAGACCCCUGAGAACCUGUGACCCGAGAUUUGCCUACCGCUAUCCAGACUGCAAGUACGAUGAUAGGUUCUGAGGAUCUGGAGCCCUAGCUGACCCAAAAGGACAAUGCCCUUUAGCCUUUCUCCCCCCACCCCCACCCACUGGGUUGUUGCCAGUUUCAGAGCAGCAGCUCCACUACAAACAUCAAAAGAAACAUAAUUGAUUUUUCAGGGACUGAGGAACACUUGAACUAGGGAGGAAAAUUGUGCGACAUUAUAUGAUUGCCCCAAUUGGCUCGGAACACCAUGGCAGAGCCUGAGGGUGGGCAUCAGAAGACCCUGAGUGGACACUCACGUGAUGUCUUUGAGCCUCCUUUUUUCCCUUGAUUGCUACCAGAUUCUCGAUGAUGAUGAAAGAAGAGAGAAAUUCGAGGGGCCUGGGACACAUGAUCUCCACACCCUGCUGAAAUAGGAGACACCUCAGGGUGCAGGAAAAAGUCAGAGCUAAGAGAAGAGUCAGUAUAUGGGCCAGGUUGUUAGUCCAGGUGGCUAAGUGGGUGUCAAGCAAGGAGUGCACAAGUGAGAAUGUUCUUAGGGGAAAUGCCUGUGAGAAAGACAAAAAGCAGGCCAGAAAAGGCUCAGAGGACUGCCAUGUCAUGCUGCAAUCUGAUCCCAGGGAAGGAGAGGAAGCCAGGGAAAGGGUUGCCAAGGGGUCUUCAAGGCAAAGCCAGCCUCCAGACAGGUCCUUUGGCAUCCCAACUGUACAGAACAGGCUUUCAAAGAUGUGGCCUUAGAAAGACCAAUUCCAGAGCCCAGCCCUUUGGGCACAGAGGCAGAACAUCUCACUGUAGCCACAGCUGGGCACCAGGGCUCAGGUCUGUCCACAUCAUGCCCUCCAAUGCACAACUCCCUAGAAUCUAUGAGAAUUUUCAUUCAAAUUUGGCCUCACAGAUCAGUGUAAAACUAUUUUCUCAAGGUCAGUUAAUAGAAUAUAUUCUACUCAAUGGUUAGUUUGCAUUAUACACUCUAAAUUAAAUAUUUGGCCACACAGAGUAUACACCUCUAUGCACACUCUUAUCAGCAACAUGAGCAGUAGUGGGGGUCUUCUUCUAGGUCUUUGUUCAGCCUCCUCACCAACCCCUACCUCCAGGAACCUUUCAGUCUACCUCCUCUUUUCUACCUCUGAAUCAGUACCUGUAAGGUCAAAACACUGGUUUAACCAGCACAUGGGGAAACGGAUGCCAAGGAGGAAGAGUAAUUUGCUAGGAUAGUCCAAGAACUCACACUACCAGCCCAUGCUCUUCUUUUCUUCUCCAUCAGCCUCUGACUCUUACCCUCUGCUAUCCAGUUCUAGUUUCCUGACUCACAUUUAAAGGUAGACCCCCUCCCCUACAAAAAAGUCCUGUUUUGUGGUGUACUGGGUUGCCUUUUGAUUACUCCAGAUGCUGUUCCAUGACAAUGAGGAUGACAGGCCAAUCAUUGCAAUGGGUGUCUCUCGGAUUGGUCCUGAGACUGAAGUCUGACCACACUUUUCACCUCCUCCCUCUGACCUGAAUGCAGUGUGUCCUCUGUCCUUCCAGCUGGCCACAGCCUCUAGACCCUGUGGACCCUACAGAGGAAUAAGGGUUGCCACAGAGACCUGCAAUUUGUAAGCCAGGCCGUAGUGUAUUUCUGUAGGUUCAGGAGUUCUUCCCGUGCAAGAUGCUUCCAUAUGAUUAGUGACUUUAAGUGAGGUCCCCAGGGAGUCCAGAAAAUGGCCCUUUUGUGGGGCUUGAGCCAACCUCCUCUAAACCCUCACUUGCAUAGACCUCCAGACCCGAGACACUGAAGAAUGUUCUUUCAAAAUCAUCGUGUAACCUGGAGCUGCUGAACCUGGACAGAAAAAGCAGCUCCAGGCCCCUCCUGAAUCAGAACAAAGAGAACUUAUUCCCUACUUGACAGAGUCCUGGGAGAGAGCAAAGAAGGGAACCACCCAAGCAGCCCUCAGGGGGCUGCUGGGAGAUUUGUUUUUAGUAGAAAUUAUAAUCAAAUUCUGUAUUUGUGCAGCUGUGGUCACAUCCGCAGUGCAGGCCAAGAAUUAAAGAAGGGCAGAUAGAUGUCAAGCAGGGCCCACAUAUGCCUAGAAAUGGUUCCCCAGCUAGUGGCUUUUCAUGGGAUCCAGAGGUCACAGAGUCCUUUUUCUCAUAAGCUUUCAUGUCAGAGCAGAUGUUUCUCUUGUCAGCAUGGCUAAACAUCAUAGGCCCCAUUGAGGUGCUGUCUUCAAGGGACAUUCUCCCCAAACCAUUCCAUCUGCUGACCCCCUCUGCUACUCCCUCUGUGUGGGGGACCCACAGCGGAGCUGCCCAAGUCCCUCUUUAAGUAACAACUCUCUCUCCAGCAUGAGACUAUGGUCAGUGGGCAGCUUUAGCUAUCAGCUCCUUUAGCCUCUGUCCCAGCCAUUCUAUAGCUUGGUUCAAGGUCACAUACUUCCUAGGACCUUAUCUAGUGACUGGGUCUGGCCGGGGGAUGUUUGGCUAACCAAGCUACAACUCUGGCAAGCAGUUCUCAUUUCAUAAAUUUCUGUUAAGCCAAUCAGAACUCUCCUUGUCCUGUACCACAGUCUCAUUUUCCCUGCCCAUCCUACUUCCUCUGCAUUCUUCUUACAGGUGUUGUAAGAAGGGUUACAGAUCCCCCUUAAAUAUAUUGCACCAUGUAGUUAGCUGAAAGGUCACCUCUCCCAAGAAAGACAUGUCCAAAUCCUAAUCCCCAGAACCUGCAGUGAUUACCUAACAAGGAAAAAUGUGUAACUAAUUUAAGGAUUAGAAGAGAACGAGUUUGUCUUGGGUAGAGCAGGUAGACCUUGAAUGCCAUCUCAUGUAUCCUUACAAGAGAGAGGCAGAGGGAAUUUGAAGACAGAAGAGGAGUGAUGUAAAGAUGGAGACCAAGACUGGGCCACAAGCCUGGGAACCCAGGCAGCCCUUGGGAGACGCAAGGGACAAAUGUCCUCCCAAGCCCCCAGGGGAGUAUGGUCCUUCCAGCUGGAUUUCACAACACUGAUUUCAGCCCAGUGAAACUAACUUUAGGCUUCUGGCCUCCCAAACUGUGAGAAAAUAAACUUCUAUUGUUUUGAGCCACA